AGCGUUUCUACAUCUCUAGAAGAGUAUAAAAGCUCCGGCCGCUCUUCUGUGACUGAACGGCAGUACGGCGUCCACAACCUGCUCUGCAACCAUGGGGAAGAUUGUCUUCUACGAAGGCCGCAACUUCCAGGGCCGCUCUUACGAGUGCUCCUCUGACUGCUCCGACACCUACAACUACUUCAACUGCUGUAACUCCAUCCGUGUCAUGGGAGGUCACUGGGUGGGUUACGAGAAGCCCAACUUCAUGGGCUAUCAGUACGUCCUGGGCCGUGGGGAGUACCCUGACUAUCACCACUGGAUGGGCUUCAACAACUGCAUCAGAUCUUGUCAGAUGUUCCCCCCAUACAGAGGAGCCUACCGUAUGAGGAUCUACAACAGGCCCGAGAUGUACGGACACAUGAUGGAGUUCACCGACGACUGCCCUAAUGUCUACGAUCGCUUUGGCUACCACGGCAUCUACUCCUGCAACUGUAUGGAGGGCUUCUGGACCUUCUAUGAGCACCCCAACUAUAGAGGCCGUCAGUAUUUCCUGAGACCCGGAGAAUACAGAGCCUGCAGCGACUGGGGUUGCAUGAAUCCCAUGAUUGGCUCCUUCAGGAGAAUGAGGAGCAGUUUCAUGUAAACGCUGUUUUGCCAUUAAAGACUAAUUAAAAUGGGUUUCGCAUACUGCCUUUUCUUCAUUACACUCGGUAGCGAAGAAAACAGAGUUUGUUCAGCUUGCCAGUUGUUUUUCAAAUGAGAGAUCCAUUGAUCUACUUCCCAGUGCACAUCAAAAUAAAGACUGAAUGUCUGUUUCGAGCCAAA